CGUGUUGCUGAGGCUCGCCAGCAGGGGUCGCUGAUGCUCUGCUCAGUCAGCCAAGCGGCGAAGAAGGCGCUCCUCCACGGGCGGCUUAGGCUAAAUGGACUGACAAACGUCUCGUUUUGACGAGGGAUGUCAAUCAGAUGUGGUUGCCAUGGAAACAGAUAAGAUACCCAAAUUCGCCUCCAAGGACGAGGAAAUCAACUUUUGGAAAGCUCUCUACCUCAAGUACAAGACAAACUGCCAGGAGGCUCGCGAGGAGCUGCUGGAGUUCCAGGAGGGGAGCAGGGAGCUGGAGGCUGAGUUGGAGGCUCAGCUGGGCCAGGCCGAGCACCGCCUGAAGGACCUGCAGUCUGAGAACCAGAGGCUGAGGAGCGAGGUGGAAACACUCAAGGAGAGGCUGGAGCAUCAGUACUCUCAGACCUACAAGCAGAUCUCCCUGCUGGAGGACGACCUGGGCCAGACGCGCAGCAUCAAGGAGCAGCUCCACAAAUACGUCCGAGAGCUGGAACAGUCCAACGACGACUUGGAACGAGCCAAAAGGGCGACCAUUGUGUCCCUGGAGAACUUCGAGCAGCGUCUGAACCAGGCCAUCGAGAGGAACGCCUUCCUGGAGAGCGAGCUGGACGAGAAGGAGUCGCUGCUGGUGUCCGUUCAGCGUCUGAAAGACGAAGCCAGAGACCUGCGUCAGGAGUUGGCCGUGCGUGAGAGGCAGGCAGACGGGAGCAGGACGUCCGCUCCGGGUUCGCCCACGCAUGACGACAUCAAGAUGGACUCGGCCGCGCAGGCGUCGCUCUCCGCCGCCGUCGCACCUCUGAGCAAAGGUCUAGACGGCGCCCUCCUCGCCAAGGCCACAGGUCUGCCCACCGUCUACGGCACCAACUCGCCACUGACUCCCUCAGCGCGGAUAUCGGCGCUCAACAUCGUCAGUGAUCUGCUGAGGAAAGUCGGGGUGCUGGAGUCCAAACUGGCGGCGUGCAGGAACCUGGCCAAGGACCAGAAGGCCAGGAGGGCCUACCCUCUGGACAACGGCAACAUCCUCAACGCAAACACAAGCACGGGAGCCCACAUCUCCUACCGGGACAAAGCCCUGGAGCCAGGGACCCUCACAGCCGUCACGGCCACACCUGGCACAUCCACGACCGGUUUGGUGCCCCUCGCCGUUUGACCCUCACACCACGCCCACCCGUAAGCCUGCGGCGCCGCCGCCGCCCCUCUUCUGCAGUCGCGGCGACGUCAUGUGACUUGUCAAGCUAUACACGACUAUUAUGCAACUCAACCACUCACUCAGCAAUAAGUUCAAGGGUCAAAGCGAGUGUCAACGUGCACAUCGAACAAAAUGUCCCAAGUGGUCUCUGAAGAUGUCCUAAAUGAUUGCGUCCUGGUUAUUGAUGUUUUGUCCACGUCCGCCACGUUUAAACGGCGCUGUGUGUUUUUAUUUCAUGUGCUUUCUGACAAAAGGCAGUCAGAGUGUGUGUGCCAUUGGACCGGUGGUCAUAUUGAUCGUUUACAUUCCAGUUGAAGACGGCAAACGGAAGUCAGAUCAUCAGAUUUGGAAUCCGGUUGGGUUUGCACUUUCUUUUAAUUUAUUCAUGUGCAAUAUCACCCGUGUGUGGUUGUUCUUUGUAUAUUUAAUGACUGAUAUUUAAAUAAAUGUUUCAAUUUAAAAAAAAAAAACAAAGUCUGACUGGCAGCAGUUAGCUCCACCCACCUUCAGGAUGUUAACCUGUUGACGUCAGAGCAGUUCCGGACACUUUGUCCAACACUGCCCCCUUGUAGUCAGGCUUGGAACUACAUUGCUCCGCCAUACAACUGUCACUGUGCUCACCAAUGCCCUCUUGUG